GAUCCUUCUCUGCUAAAAAAAAUUUUCUUCUCUUCGCCCUUUUUUUUCUUGACAACAGACUAGAAAAAUGUAUGCUUAAAAUAAUGGUUGAAAAUAAUGAAGAAAUAGAAUCUGAAUGAUCAAAUAUUAAGGGAUUUUUAACCUGGAAUCAUAUUGGAAAGUGAAUCACCAUCUGCAACAACAGUUAAAAAGUUUAAUAAACAAGGAAAGACGCGAAGAACUUUCUUAAGCGAAAACCAUAGUGAUCAAAUGCAGGAAAGAACCUGAGUGUAGAUCUUUAGGGCUUCAUAUGGAGUGUCUGGAAUGUAGAGCAGUGUUGGUAAAAACAGAGCAGCUCUUUUUUUACAUCAAAGGUCCACGGGACGUCCACCUUUCAAUUAAACCUGAAUUACAAAUCGUAGUUUUAGCGAAAGAUACAAUUUAUGAUGUGCAGGAAUCCAAGAAGAAAAUCCGUGUAAAGUGCCGGACAUGUAAUGGUAAUGUUGGCUGCGUAUUGCCGUUUGGUCCUGAAGGGACAAAGUUUUAUGCAUUUGCUUGUGACAAGGUUAAAUUAUGCAGUCGUUCCCUUGGUAAAGCCGAGAAGUGGUGGAACAUUUACCAAGAAUUUCAAGUUAUAGAUACUCGUGAUCCAAGCUCCUUUUUCAAUGUUCUUACCGCACCUAUUAGCAGUAAAGCGAUAAAAGAAAAAACAGUACACUCGAAUAAAAUUGUUUAUCCCUCACUGUCUAAUUUAUCAGAUUUUGAAUGGCAAACUGUAUCACUGGUGAAAAGGCCAAGAUAUUACCAAAUUCAAGGUUACGUCGAGGCUUUACAACGUCAUUUAAUUGUUGUUAUCAAAACUGGAGCUGGUAAAACAUUGAUAGCUUCCAUGUUUCUAGGUAAAAUGUGCAGUUUGAAUCCAGGAAAAAUGGGAUUAAUGAUUGUCGAUCGUAUACCAUUGGUGUUCCAGCAAGGAGAUGCAAUACAAGCGGAUACUAAUCUUCGCGUUAUCAGAAUCUGUGGAGAGAACAGAACGUCGUACAAAAUAAAACAGAUCAAUAACGGACAUUUUGAUGUCUUGGUCGUUACUGCAGGAGCGUUUGCAGAAAUGGUAAAAAGAGAUGACAUUGAUACUAGUCUUUUUUGCGCUGUCGUAUUGGACGAAUGUCACCACGUAUCAGGUCAGCACAAAUAUGUUGAAGUUUUGAACAUGUUCACAGCAAAACCGUAUUGUGAACAACCACGCAUUUUGUCAAUGACAGCUUCUCCAUUCAGCGCAAACAGUAUUAUUCAAGCUGAAAAACGUCUGGAUAAGUAUUUACAAAGCUUUCCAUAUGACACUAAAAUUUACUUUCCUGAUUUACCAAAAUCAAAUUUAUCAUCUGAAAUUAACACAGUCGAAUAUUCAUAUAAACAGCAGCAUUUUGUUGAUUUAUUGGUGGCAGUACUGAACGAGUUACUUCAACGCAUUUCUAGAAAGCUGGGAUUAGGCUCGCCGUUGGAAAUGAGAGCCGAUCUACUGAACUCGUAUCAACUUGUUGGUGAUCUGCGAGCAAUGGUAGGAGAAUUUGAAAAUUUUCCAACCUUAGAUGACCACCUAAAAUUGGCUUUCAUAAUGAUUGAUGCAUUGCAGAUGUGUGCAAUACUGGGAGUUCCAAUGGCCUGCGAGAAACUGAAAGAAUGUUCAAGUUUUUCUGAGAUUGUCAAAAAAUUCGAAAACGUAACAUCUCAUUCUCUCCGACUACAAUCUUUGGAUAACUAUCUAAGAAAUACCGAAAGUAAUUCAAAAGUUCUAAUAUUUUCUCACACACGAGCUGUUGCAAGGAAAUUGUAUAAUUAUAUCUUAAAAAAUUAUCCACAGUUCGGUGCUCGUACCGUUGUAGGACAUGGUGGAGUCGAUGGAAUGGGCUGGGAAGGCGAACAGGAAGAAGUGCUAAAAGAGUUUAAAAAUGGUGAAUGUAAUCUGCUUGUGUGCACCUCGGUUUUAGAAGAAGGACUAGAUGUUGCAUCGUGUGAUUUAGUCAUUUGUUUCACUGGAGUGCGAAGUCUCAUUCAGCUCGUGCAGACAAGAGGGAGGGCUCGCAAGAAGGAGAGCAAAUUCAUUUGUUUUCAAAGUAAAUUCGAAGCAGCACAAAGAAAGGAUAUUCACGAACAAGAAGAAAUCCUUAAGACAGUGUUGAGACAAAAGCAUAACGUUAACGCUUACUUCUCUGAUCUGUCUAAAGAUAUCAUAAAGAAAAUACAAAACGAGCUUUCAGAAAAUAGCCAGAGUAUCAAAGAUGACCAAAUCAUGCCCCUGCAAAAGCAGUUGGGAGAUAGUGAUUUUAUUUUUACCGCUUAUGCUGAUUAUCUACCUGAUGUUAAUGAAGCGCAGAUUAAAAAUAGAUUCAUCGAAAUAUUAGAUGACACUGAUUGUUUUAAAGUACAUCGAUUAGAAGUGAGUAAGGAAGGUGCUGAUUUAGAUUCUGCUACCAAAGGUGUGUUUCCUAAAGACACAAUUGUUUUUCUUGUUGGUGCAAAAUGUCGAACUGGUCAAAGCAUUACCGAUACUUAUGACAUGUUUUGCAGGACAUUUGAUUUUCAGAUACCGUGUAAUCGGCAAACUUCAAGCCUGUGGACGAAGAGAUACUUCACAAGCAAUGAUAUAAACGCUCUGGAGAGGGUGGAUUGUACCGGUUAUGGUGUUGGUCAUUUCGUCGACAAAACAAAUGCAGCUGUCUCAUGGCGAGAAAGAAAUGUAGAAAUGGUGUUUCAACCCAAGAAACAUAUCGAAUUGAUGUUUUUAGGCUAUCGUGCUAUGAUCCCGUUUACUUCAAUCGGAAAGUUCGCAGUUCUAUCGGUUAAUGAGCAAACAUGCACAUUGGCGUGUGUUGUUACUCAUCCACCGAAAUUGUAUAUUGGACUUCAACCAGAUUGGUUUCGAAUCUUCGGAGAAAAUGAAGAGCUGGUGCCAUUUGCAGAGAACCCUGUUUUGUUUGUCAAAUUCAACCUAAAUCACCUUUCUCGUAUAAGGUCAAUACUUAAAUCUCCAUUUCUCUUUCCUUCUCCAACUUUUGAUGUAAAGUUAAAUUUUCAUCCUUUACUGGAUCAUACGGCACGGAGUGCCCAAGCAUCACUCAGUGAUAGAAACAUUUUAUGGUCGUUGAAAUGUUUACAAGAUGCAAGAGUUAUGUGCAUACCAAAAGAUAUUAAAUUGAUGAUACAAAAAAAUAUCGAAGAGUUGUGUCAAUCUUCGCUUGGAGACGUUGACAGAAUGAAAGAGUCUGUGUCUUUAGUUGAACGUAUUAUGGAAAGGAUUUAUAGUUCCGUCUGGAAAUACUCUUACUUUUCAAACUUUAAUGCCAUAUAUAGCGAGGCUUUCGCUGCGUUUAACAAAUUGCCUCCAAACCAGCGGAAACUACUUGAUGAUCCCAUUCCAGAUAAUCACUUUAUUGUGAAAAGAAUAGUUGUCACACCAUCACGAGUUGUUGCUCUCCCGGCUAUUCCAGUUGCAUCAAAUCGACUUCUGCGUCUCCUUGAAGUUAAAAGAAGUAGACUUGCCAUUGUAUCUUUUAAAGACGAAGAUAUGGCAAAGAUACAUGAUGUUCAAGUGUUGCCUCGUGUUCGCGACAUUAUUGUUAACGGUAUAGAAAUAGAAAACGUCCGCUACUAUUACCUUUCUUCAACUGGCAGCCAGUUGCGUGAAAACAAAGGAUACUUCAUUGCAGCUCGUAAUUAUGACGAGGUGCUUGGUAUCCGUAGUUUGGUAAUUCCAAAUCCUGAAGGAUUUUCAUCUGCUGCGAAAUAUAUAUCACGCCUUGGUAUGUAUGGAACUGCUGACCAACAUGUUAUGAGAUUGAAGAAGGAAGACAUAUCCAUGGUCGACGACGAAAAAGCAGACAACGGUGAACUAACUACAGACGGUGCUGGUAAAGUAUCAAUGUCAAUGACAAGUCACAUAGCUAACAAGCUGCAAAUCGAUGUUCCCUCUGCUUUUCAGAUAAGAUAUUCCGGCUUCAAAGGCAUGAUUGCUGCUACGGAAAAUAGCGAUCCUGAUUUGAAGGGAAAACAUUUUGCAUUUCGUCCUUCAGUCAAAAAAAUGGAGAACAAUGAUACCAGCUUCUGUGUUGUUUGUCCUACAAAGAUUUAUGAUUUGACUUUAAACAGGGAAGUCAUCACACUUUUGUCAUCAAUUAAGUCAGAAUGGCCAUUGGCGAAAUAUCUAUUGGAUUAUCAAGAAAAGGAGUUGGCAAAGUCUGCUAAAAUGUUUACUGACGGACAUAUAGCCAAGCAAGUGUUAAAGCAAUAUUUGGAGAAAAAAACAAUUGAAGAAUUAAAAUCCUGCAACUUCGAGAUAUUAGACGAGAGAUACUGGUUUCAUAUUUUGCAAGGAAUUUACAGAUUGGAAACGCAUUUGAUUAGAACAAAAACCAACAUUCCAGUCGAAGAGGGCUGUUUGUUGGUCGGUAUUCCGGAUCCAUAUGGCAUAUUAAAAGAGGACGAAGUAUUUGUACAGCUAAGAAGAGAAAACAAACCAGACAAGAUUUUAGAAUGUCCCAUUUUGAUGUAUCGAAAUCCUUGCUUGCAUCCAGGUGACCAUCGAAGAGUUUCCGGUGUACGAAUAGAUAGGCUUAAGCAUUUAUUCAACGUUGUUGUUUUGCCGGCAAGAAAUUGCAGUUAUUCUUUAGCAGCUUCCUGCAGUGGCGGUGAUCUUGAUGGCGAUAAAUUUGCCAUCAUCUGGGACCAAAAUUUAGUUCCAGCUAGGAUAUUUACCUAUCCUCCUUGUGAUUAUGAAGCUCUUGCCACACUGUCUGUACCGGUUCAACCUGUAGAUGUGACAAGACAAGACAUGCUUGCAGACUUCUUUGUUGCGUUUAUGAAAAAUGACAGUCUUGGCCGUGUUGCACAUAAACAUCUUGCUUUGUGCGACAUUAAAGAAGAUGGUGCUAGAGAUCCACUUGCUAUUGAACUUGCAAAGUCGCAAUCUAGUGCUGUUGAUUACCCAAAAACUGGUGUGCCACCUUUAGUUCCUGUUGAUGCCAUCAAAGAAGUUGAUAAAAAUGGAUUUCCUGAUUUUAUGGAAAAACCUGUUGUUGAUUCUUACCAAUCCAAGAAAAUUCUUGGAGAGCUGUAUAGAAGAUGUCGUUCAGUGACUUACGAUUUUGAUGUGUCUUCGAAACGAAGUAAUGUAAAAAUGCUGAUGAACAUGAAUCUAUUUGUAAAAGGGAAUGAGAAGUACUUAGAAGACGCUGUCGAUGUGUACGUUGGUUACGUGCAUAACAUGGAGAUGUUAAUGUCAAAGUUUGACUUAAAAGUUGAGGCCGAUGUCAUCCUGGGAAGAGCAACGUAUAAUUGGAGUCAACACCUUGAGCAUGAUAAAGGUAAAGCCUCAGACGCAAUCAUUGCUAGUUACCAAGUUAUUGUAAAAAAGUAUCGCAGCAUUUUCUUUAAGGGGGCCGGCAAAAAGGAAGCUAGGUGGGCUAAAGCAUGUGCAUGGUAUCGCGUAUGCAACGAUCAAGAAAUCAAGAUAACUGGUUGCGACAAAGUAUUUCUUAGCUUUCCUUGGGUCGUCAGUGAUGUCUUAUGUGAAAUACGAGCCGCAAAACAACGUGAUUUACCAAGUAGAGUCUAUGUCAACAUCGGCGAAUCAGCUUUGGCAUUAUUUAAGAAAAACUCCACUGUUCUCCUGAAAAGUGUUACCGACAAAUUGAGAUUCCAGAAGGAUAUUGAUAUUGCAAUUAACAAGUUCUGCAUGGAAAAAUUCCAAUUAAAAAACGGGUUUAUUGUUGCUAUGUACGGAUCGACAUCACUGUAUGUUUGCGAGCCUGAAUCGGAUGUGGAUGUGUGUGUACUUGCCACCAAAGAAGUAUACAGUAGCUCGAUUGUAGAUGACUCGAUCAAAAAAGAGUUUCAAAAAUGUGAGCAAAAGGAACAGCAAAAGCAUUUCUUGCAGAAUGUCAUUUCUAGAUCGGUGGAUUCGAUUGUGUCGAGCAAAAGAGAAAUAUUUAAUGCAAAUAUACCAAUUGUGAAGUGCACCAGCGCUGAUUCAGAUUUCCCUUUAAACGGAGACAUAUCCAUGAAUGAAACUGGGUUAAGAAAGACGAUGUACAUUCAUUUUCUGUAUAAAACCGAUGUAUGCUAUCUACCUAUAUUUUGGAUUCUCGUGAGAUGGGCACGCGUAGUUGGUCUUGUGAAGUCAGUGAUUAAUUCAGAAUCUGUUUUAGACACUGCAGAAUUUUAUGCAUUGAUUAUUCAUGUGUUGGAUUGCCCAAAUGGAGAUCAUCUUACUGAAAUAAGACAUACGACACGUUGGACUGGUCUCAAAUAUUUAUAUCAAAGUCUUGAUAAAAUCAAACUUCAUGAUAUUCAUCGCUUGGGCAAGACUAUCCAUGAUUUCUUUCGAAUGGCAUCUGAUCUCUAUGGAAAUAUUGAAAUAAUUUGGCCAGCGCCUCAAAUACCGAAGGUCCAUUUGGAUGAAUCCCAAGUUGAACGCAUUGCAAAAUACGCAAACAGCGCAUAUCAUUGUUUGUCUGCAACUCGAGAUGCAGCAGCGUUGCAGACAUAUUGCCUGAUGUCGUCCAAAACAAGAAAAGAGUUUUCAAAAGUGUUACCAUUAUCUGUCUCAUAUGCAAUCGGAAAAGCGCUGAAAUUCCAUGCUGCUAGACUGACACAAUUAACUGGAGCAGUUGUUUGUAUUGAAGCUUUGGAUGGCAAAAAUAAUUUACUACUGAAAGGAGAAGGGACUCAAAUUGCUAUAGAAAAUCUAAGACGCGAACUUAGAUCGUUAAUACACACCAAUAAGGCUUUGGUUCUUGGUCGUUUACCUCAAAAGGCUUCAAGAUAUUUUAUGGAAGGGGCUUCUAUUAUCAUUGCUGCUAAAAACAGCAGUAGCGAAUCGCUGUUGGAAUUUGAAAAUAGUUGUGGUGCGUUUGAAUUACUGCACUUGUCUCAUGAAAGGCAGUUCUUGUUCCUGAAAAACGAAACUGAAGAUUCUGAUGACUGGAAAGAAAGUGAAUUCCAACGAUUUUUCAAUCAUGUUUUGCAUCAGUUGGAGAAGUUUCCAGCUCAUAACGAAAAGGCCAAAGAAAGUUUAGAGUUGACCACAAGAUUUGGCUGUUUCUAUUUGGUCAACAUCUCAAGCAGACUGCCAGACUCCCAGACUUCAAUUUCAAUACGAGAAUUAGAAGCUGCUGUUGAGAAAGGAAGAAAGUCAAGAAAAUCAUGGAAAAGAGGAGAAUUUAAACCUAAUUUUGAUAGCGAUGGUGGUAAACCGAAUUUGCCAGAUUCAGCCAGAUAUCAAAUGAGGAAACUUCCUCCUCUGCGUGGAAGAUUUUCAGAAAAAGUCGGGCGUAAAUUUGCGAAGCAAAAAAACGUCAGAAGAGGCAUAGCUGGUGUUUUUACUCCUGGUCUACUUAAAGAAAACUCUCGCGACGAUAGCGCCAGACAGCAGCUUCUGGUAGUGUAUGGCAGCGUUCUUCAGGAGUGUGGCUUUGUGGAAGGAUCCUCCAGAACGCGUCAACCAGCGCAGUGGAAGGUAACCUUGUCACCAAGCUCUAGUUACGAAGUGCAAAUCAGCUGCGAUGAAGAAUUAAAAAUUGUCAAAGUUGCUGAACGUUCAUUGCAUUGGGUUCAUGGUACGAUCAUUACUGGUGAUAAGCAAAACUUUGUUGGUAAUGUUCAUACCAAUCCCGAUAUCAGAAUGCUCGUCUCUUCUACCGACGAUGUUAAAGAAGGUUCUGACCUAUAUAGAGCAGUUUUAUCUGAAAGCAGAGGAGAUGAAGUUCUACCUAUACAACUUAAAGACGGUAAACCAAUCCUUUCUUCUAAAGCAAACGAGAAAACAAAAAAAGCUGUCAGCGUUGUCCGCCAUGUUGAAAUUCGAAAGAUGUUUACUUGUGAUUCCUUGGAUGCAAGUAUUGUUUACGGGAAAAGUUACUUUGGGAACAAGCUGGAAUUAGAUCGACCAUUUUGCGAGCUGACGCUUUAUUUUAAUCCUGAAAAGCUGCAAAAGUCACUCAGCAACCAUCUCGAUCAUGACUUGUUGGAAUCCAUUACGAGAGAGGUAUUUGAAACAUCUGUAAAAGUACAAAAAAGUAUCGAACGAUUUGCAACACUUCAGAGCUGCCUUUAGUUUUUUUAUUUGUUUGUUUAAAUUUUUAAUUUUUAAUUUUCGUUUUUUUAAUAAGAAUUUUUUAUUGAAUUUUCUUUUCUCGCAAAACACGAACAUACAAGAGUGUGAAAACGAUAACUCCACUUUUACCACUUUGAAUCAGCUAUAUGCAAUAAUAAUUAAAGUCGUAAUGGAAAAAUCAGUCAACUAUUUUUAUGUCAACAGCCACCCUAUUUUAAAUAAAUUUGUAUAUAUGCAACAUUAUACAUUUAUUUCUUAUUUUAAACAUUUUAUGCACUGAUGCUAUGUUAUUUUCACAUCAAAUAUAUUUUAUUUUAAAUGUAAAUUUCAUAUCUCGGUGAAGUAAUGAAUAUCCCAUACUCGCGUAACUUCGUUCCGUUACAACGGAAAACGUUUUAUUGUUAAAUUCGUACUAACCUCAUAACGCGUAAUUUUGUUUGCAUGAUGCAACACGAAACUCGAAAUAAUUUUCUUGGUGUCGUGGAUUAUCGCGCUUAGUCCUUUAUUAAAACCGCUUAACUUGCUCAAUUCGAUAAUAUUAUUUUGAACUAUUACGAUGUUUUCAUAUAUCUUUAGUAACAAAAGUAUUUAAAACGGUAAGAUAUUUACCGUAGGCAAAAGUCAGCAAAAAAAAUGGUUGGUAAAAUUAAAUUUGUCGGUAAUCGAUUUUACAAAAUUUCGUUAAUUUUUACCGACUGAAUUUACAAAUGUAAUCAGUUUUUGUUGGCUAAUUUUGCCCGAGAAUUUAAUGUAACUAGCUAGAUUUUGCUGUUAGAUAUAAAAAGGGAGAAAAAAUCUGUAUAAGGAUUAAUCACAGACCACUGGACAAAAAUUUGAUCACUUCCGAUUUUUUCAAAAUUGUCUGGAUACAUAAACAUUCACUUGCCUUAGUCAGGGGUAUCUAUUUUUGCUUUUAAGUAGGUUAAAGAUAUUAGAAAUUAAAUAUAAAUUUUUCAAUUUUGUGAAAGUGUCAAAUACAGAUUUUAGACUUACA